CUUUGGAUUCGGGGAGAUAAUGCUUUUAUUCUGAAGGGACUGACCGGGAAACUGCUAGCUACCGGAAACGGAGAAACGUCCUGAAACAAAUAUCGGGAAUCAUUAUCGAUUAUCGCUGACCAGCUGAUCGGUAAACAUCUGUCCGCCUCUUGGCGCUUGUUUCAGCGCGGUGACUCACCGAAACAACCGAAAACGAACCGGAAACCUCCGCAGAUUAAACAGAGCCACUGUUCGCUUUAGCUGCUGUUAGCCUAGCCCGCAGAGGAGCCGUUAGCUCGGUCGGAACCGGACCGGUCAGCACCGUUUGGAUCAUGGGAGCCCAUCGCAGCGAGGGAGGCCGGGACUGGCUGGAGCAGGACGGACCGGAGCCGCCGGAGCAGAGCCCGAAGCCGUGGAACCUGAUGAUCAAACAUCGUCAGAUCCACAGACGAGGUCGCCGCUCACACAUGACCGUCAGUUACACUGAUCCUCAGGUGUCCAUGGACCUGUUGAGGGCAGUGCUUCAGCCCAGCUUCAAUGAUGACAUCAUGGCUGUGUUCAGGAAGUACCACAAGUUCUUUGAGAAAGCAGCGGCAAACGUGAAAGAGAACGUUGGUGAGGACGUUCAGACCGAUCAGCUGAUCAGAGAGGCCUGCAGAAACGUUCUGGAACAUGCCAAGCAGCUGUUUCCAGAGGCGGAGGUGAAGAGGGCGGGGUCAGAGGUCGCCAUCAAGAGGUCCAGACCUGCUGAGGAGGACUACAGCCAGAGAGGAAGCCCCCUGCUCAAGAAGAGAAGGACUCGUCCAGGUGUGUCCGCCGUCUCUGACCGACCUCACACCUUCUCCACGCAAGUGAAGCUCAAGUCUGACCCCAUCAAGAGAGAAGGCCCAAAGUGGGAGCCGUCCAGACUGAACGAGAGCAGCACGUUUGUUCUCGGCUCCAGAGCCAACAAGGCACUGGGGAUGGGCGGGACCAGAGGACGCAUCUACAUCAAACAUGCUGACCUGUUCAAGUAUGCAGCAGAUGCGAAGGAUAAACAGUGGCUGGCAGAGAGACACCACAUGAGAGCGACGGGUGGGAAGAUGGCCUACCUGCUGAUCGAGGAGGACAUACAGGAUUUGUCUCGCAGUGACGAGUACAAGGACUGUCCUGACGUUAGGAUGGACGAGCUGAAGCCGUUCUCUGUUCCUCUCUGGAUGGUCGACAAGAUGCAACGAGCCAUGGAGGCUCAGAGAGACGCCGACCUCUGACCCCAACCCUCAGCCACAUGAGCCAAUCAGAGGGUGGAUAUUGAUCAUAUUGCUUCUUUUGUUAUUGUUGUUGCUGUUUUUAAAUAAAUAAAAAACAAACAAG